AUGGGAAAGUAUUGGAAACAUGCACGUCCUUAUAAAGGCUCGUAUUGGCUAAAUCGGCUCUUGUCGCUUGAAGUUCGAGAUCUAUUUAAGAAGUCGGUCACAGUUGAAGAAGAUGCUCGUGUUCUAGAAAAUUCUGAAGAAGCUGACGAUGCGGAACCAGAGGAGGAUCUCACCAACAAAAAAGUAGUGCGCCAAACGGGAUUCCUUGUCAGCGGGAGACGUUACGGUCUUCAAGAUAACCCGAAUAAACUUGAAAAAAAAAUGAAAAAAGACAAGCUAAGCGAACAAGACGAUGRCSUGCUUGAGGACGAUGAUAAUGUUAACAUUAAGUACCACAAGGACUCCGAUCAACAAAACUUUGUCUAUGAAGAUGAUAAGGAAAUGAAAAAAGGCAAGCUAAGAGAAAAAGACGAUGGCCUGCUUGAGGACGAUGAUUAUGAAUUCCAAAUGAAAAAAGACAAGCUAAGCGAAAAAGACGAUGGCCUGCUUGAGGACGAUGAUAAUGAAUUCCAAAUGGAAUAAACYUUAACAUKUAGAGAAGAAAGGAAAGAACAUGGAAUAAAUAAAUCAAGAAAUAUAGAACCGAAGAAUUCUAGAUUUCCACAGUUUAGUUACAUCAGUACUCUAUAAACGUAUUCUGCACUACUAUACUCGGAAUGUAUACAACACAUACACAUAAUGCAUUGCGGGGAAUAUAUUGCGUUAUGCACUGGAAAAAAUCGCGCACUUUAAAGGUUGUAAAUUUGAUGUAAACAUGAUGGGAUGUAAAUGUUCAAAAUUCAGUAAAUUUGAUGUAAAUGAUUUCCAUUAAAUUUACAUCGUAUCAAAGAAUCUGGUAGAAACUUUGAUUUCUAUGGUCUUCCAUAACCCUAGCCUGUGUACAUCCGUUUCUCACCCCUACACAGGCUAAAUUUACAGAAUUUACAUCAUAUUUACAUCAAAUUUACAACCUUUAAAGCGCACGAUUUUUUCCAGUGUAUGGGUCGGCACGACACCACAUUACAAUGCCUUUAAUAACCGAUAACAUUAAUACGAAAAUUAAUACAAAAUUAAGGUAAAUAUUGUAUUCUAGUAAUUGGAAAAACUCAAAAUUAUUUAUCAUGAAUAAAGAGCUGAGAUACCGGUGCCAGGGAGGCCAGAAAAAACCUUCUUGAGGAAAUCUGGUGGGGGCCAAGGCACAAUCU